AAGGUUAUGGCUUUCUUUUAGAUUGUCCUAGCUACCUGUCUGUAGCUUCAGCGAGACCAACACUGUUGUGCCUUGGCUCACCUUCCAACCACUCACUUUGGCUCCAAAGGAUCACAACCACCAUCACAUCUGUUUAUGCUUACCAGACCCUUUUCCUCUUUUAAGACUGCUGUUGCUGCUAUUGACUCAAAUGACCUCAGUUCAUCAUCCCCAAAUCCUCCUGACAAGCAACAAGCCAACAAGUAUUAUUUUGUUGUUGCAAAUGCCAAAUUCAUGCUGGAUGAAGAGGAGCACUUUAAGGAGCUCUUGUUUGAGCGCUAUCGUAAUUAUGGGGAGCGUAAUAAAGAGCAGGAUUUCUGGCUUGUGAUUGAGCCCAAGUUCUUGGACAAAGCACCAGCCAAAUCUGCUAAAAUACAUGCAGCAGUAAGUAUCUGGUUGUGGUGACUCAAGGGCAAGCAGUUCAAAGUCCAAUAAAGCUGCUAAGUUAGCAAAGGAGUCGGCGGUUGACGUGGAACCCUAUGGCACAAACCUCAAACCAGAUCCGUCAGUGAGGUGCAACUCAUCUAAGCCAUUAUAUGGUUUGUACAAGGACAGAUUCUAAAGGUCGUUAGUGACAUGAGGUGAAGCACCUAUAUCAAGAACUCAACUGGUCUCACUUGAACUACCAGUAUUAACAGAAUGAACUUGAGGUCUAGAAAAAUUAUUUUUGAAAAAGUCCUUAGCCCAGAAGCAUUGACGAGCACUGUGUCCUGACUUUUCACAAAUCUGACGCUGAAUCUUGUUAGAAGAAUUUCGAGUAAUAGAAGAAUCUGAGAUAUUACCAGUUCUGGUCCCAUAAGCAGCCGAGCUACCUUGACCAUGAUACGGAUCCAAUAGGGCAAAUUUCUAACAAUGGUGUGGAGCAAACUUAUGUCAUUCAAAUGGAUCUAAAAGGAGUUCAAAAUCAUUUUCAUAUGAUCCAUAUAUAUUUGGGGCGUGCUUCAACUCAUAUGGGACAGAUUUGGUGCAACACUUGCAAUCAUAGGCUUAGGGAGCCUAAUCAAACCUAUGGGCUAAAACUAUACAAAGAGAAGUCUAAAGUGAAGAUCAAGUAAGACUUUUAUGAAGAUUCAGCUGUGUUAUGAUGGACUUGCUAUAUUUUUAUUAUUUAACACUUAUUUUAUUUUAGCUUUGUUUGGACUUGUAUUCUGGCCAUACUUUAUCUUUUAAGUUUUAGAGUGUUGGGCCAUGUUUUGGGCUUAUGUUUUA